AACGAAUGAAAUUCGAGUAAACCAGGAUUUAAACUACGGCUAUUCACCCUUAGAAAUUGUGUGCAGUAAGUGUAUUCUCUUUCACCGAAGCAUCGUAUAUUUAGAAAUGGCUCACCGUAUGACCAGAAAUCGUCUGGGUUCCUCAGAGAACCAAACUGCCCUGCCAGGCAAGGUAGUUCUGGGAACCAAGCCUACACUGAGAACACGAGCUGCGCUUGGCGAAAUCGGAAAUGUUGGAGUCCCCAGACAGACUCUGAAAAAGGAUGCAAAGGCAGAACCCACAAAGGUGGUUGAGAGGAAGGCCAGCACACGGUUGGCGACGGUCCCUGAAGUCCAACAACCCCCAAAAGUUAUUUCCCCAGUUAAACUGGAGGUUCAGGUUUUCCCUGAGCCACUGUCUCCCACAGCAAUGGAGACCUCUGGCUGUGCUCCCAUUGAACUGUGCCAGGCCUUCUCUGAUGUCCUACUUAAUAUUAAAGAUGUGGAUGCUGAUGACUAUGACAAUCCCAUGCUCUGCAGUGAAUAUGUGAAGGACAUCUACAAAUACCUUCAAAAACUUGAGGUUGAUCAGGCUGUUAAAACCAAAUAUCUGGAAGGACAGGAAAUUACAGGCAACAUGCGUGCCAUUCUCAUUGAUUGGCUCGUCCAGGUCCAAAUCAAGUUCCGCCUGCUGCAGGAGACCAUGUAUAUGACUGUGGGAAUCAUUGACCGCUUCCUUCAGGAUAACCCAGUGCCCAAAAAGCAACUUCAGUUGGUUGGUGUGACUGCCAUGUUCAUCGCCUCCAAAUACGAGGAGAUGUACCCUCCAGAGAUCGCAGACUUUGCAUUUGUGACUGACCGGGCCUACACCACUGCCCAGAUCAGGGACAUGGAAAUGACUAUACUGAGAGUGCUGAAGUUCAGCUUUGGCCGCCCUCUCCCCCUCCAGUUCCUCAGAAGGGCCUCAAAGAUUGGCGAGGUGACUGCUGAGCACCACACCCUGGCAAAGUACUUGGUGGAGCUCACCAUGGUGGACUACGAGAUGGUGCACUUCCCUCCCUCCCAGGUGGCCAGUGCAGCCUUCGCCCUCACCCUGAAGGUCUUCAACUGCGGUGACUGGAGUUCUACACUGCAGCAUUACAUGAACUACACUGAAGACUGCCUAGUCCCGGUCAUGCGGCACAUAGCAAAAAAUGUUGUGAAGGUGAACGAGGGACAAACUAAGCAUAUGGCAGUUAAGAAUAAGUACUCUAGUCAGAAGCAUAUGAAAAUCGCCACCAUUUCACAGCUUAAGUCUUCGCUGAUCAAGGACCUUGCAAAGCAGCUCACCCUAUGAGAUGCCUGACAGCACUGCUGAUUGUACUGUACAUAAUGUGUAACUUAUGUGGUUUUAACAAUUAUGGGAGAAACAUUGGUGUUGGGUAGUGUACAGCUUGUGUUCCCAAACCUGGGUUUAGACCAUUCCAGUAAUGAAAUGCUUUGACUUAAUGUAGGUUUGUUCUACCCUCUGUGUGUCUGAUCAAGACUGUAUAUUCAAGUAAUGCCAAUAAACAUUUUAACAUUUUAAUUCUA